AGCUCCAGGUCUGUGAGCUGAUGUGAAGUGAGCAUGAUGGAUCAUUGUGAGGACACAAAGGACAGAGUCUCUACCUCUAAAACCACUCUGUGUGGAGAACAUGAGGACCAGAGCAAAGCUCAGAGGAAACAACCAGAACCUGAACCAGAACCCAGCUGUGUGUCUUUAAAGAGCAACAUGUCAAAAGGUGUCGGCAUUGAUUUUAAAUCAGACCAACCGUCAUCAUCAAACAGGGUGGACCAGCAGAACUCAGAGGUUCCCAGUGGUCCAUCUGCCCAGCAGCAUCAAACCCAGCUGGACUCCAUAUUUAUGCUGCUGGAGGAAAACAUUGUUAGUUUUGUGAAGAAUGAGCUGAAGAAGAUACAGAAGGUUCUGAGUCCAGAUGAUACAAAAGGUCAAAGGGAGGUUGAGGAGGUGUUGGAAGGUGAGGACGAAGAGGAGAAAAGGAGCAGAGAGGCAUUUGUUAAGAUCACCAUGAACUUCCUGAGGAGGAUAAAGCAGGAUGUGCUGGCUGAACGUCUGCAGAGUAGAUAUUGUUCCGAAGUUUGUCAACAUAACCAUAAAUCAAGUCUGAAGAAGAGGUUCCAGUCUGUGUUUGAGGGGAUCACUAAAGCAGGAAGUCCAACCCUUCUGAACCAGAUCUAUACAGAGCUCUACAUCACAGAGGGAGGGACUGGGGGGGUCAAUGAUGAACAUGAGGUCAGACAGAUUGAAACAGCAUCCAGGAAAACAAACAGACCAGAAACAACAAUCAGACAAGAAGACAUCUUUAAAGUUCCACCUGGAAGAGAUCAACCAAUCAGAACAGUGAUGACAAAGGGAGUGGCUGGCAUUGGGAAAACAGUCUUAACACAGAAGUUCACUCUGGACUGGGCUGAAGGCAAAGCCCAUCAGAACAUCCAGUUCAUAUUUCCAUUAACCUUCAGAGAGCUGAAUGUGCUGAAAGAAAAAAAGUUCAGCUUGGUGGAACUUAUUCAUCACUUCUUUACUGAAACCAACGGAAUCUGCAGCUUUGAUCACUUCCAGGUUCUGUUCAUCUUUGAUGGUCUGGAUGAGAGUCGACUUCCUCUGGACUUCAAAAACAAGGAGAUCCUGACUGAUGUUACAGAGUCCACCUCAGUGGAUGUUCUGCUGACAAACCUCAUCAAGGGGAAACUGCUUCCCUCUGCUCUCCUCUGGAUAACCACACGACCUGCAGCAGCCAAUCAGAUCCCUCCUGACUGUGUUGGCAUGGUGACAGAGGUCAGAGGGUUCAAUGACCCACAGAAGGAGGAGUACUUCAGGAAGAGAUUCAGAGACGAGAAGAAGGCCAACAGGAUCAUCUCCCACAUCAAUAGAUCUAGAAGCAUCCAGAUAAUGUGCCACAUUCCAGUCUUCUGCUGGAUUACUGCUAAGGUUCUGGAGGGAGUAUUGGAGACCAGAGAGGAAGGAGAGCUGCCCAACACCCUGACUGAGAUGUACAUCCACUUCCUGGUGGUUCAGACCAAAGUGAAGAAGAUCAAGUAUGAUGGAGCAGCUGAAACAGAUCCACACUGGACUCCAGAGAGCAGGAUGAUGAUUGAGUCUCUUGGAAAACUGGCUUUUGAUCAGCUGCAGAAAGGAAACUUGAUUUUCUAUGAAUCAGACCUGAAAGAGUGUGGCAUUGAUAUCAGAGCAGCCUCAGUUUACUCAGGAGUGUUCACAGAGAUCUUUAAAGAGGAGAGGGGACUGUACCAGAACCAGGACAAAGUGUUCUGCUUCAUCCAUUUGAGUGUUCAAGAGUUUCUGGCUGCUCUUCAUGUUCAUCUGACCUUCAUCAAGGAUGGAGUCAAUCUGAUGGGGGAACAAAAAAACAUAUCUGUUAGGGCUAAAUUAGCUAAUAAAUCGAAACUAAGUAAUCUCCAUUACAGUGCUGUUAACAAGGCCUUACAGAGUCUCAAUGGACACCUGGACCUGUUCCUCCGUUUCCUCCUGGGUCUUUCACUGCAGACAAAUCAGACUCUCCUACAAGGUCUGAUGACAAAGACAGAAAGUUGUCCUCUGACCAAUCAGGAAACAGUUCAGUACAUCAAGAAGAAGAUCAAUAAAAAUCUGUCUGCAGAGAAAAGCAUCAACCUGUUCCACUGCUUGAAUGAACUGAAUGAUCGUUCUCUGGUCCAGAAGAUCCAACAGUCUCUCAGAUCAGGAAGUCUCUCCAUAGAUAAACUGUCUCCUGCUCAGUGGUCAACUCUGGCCUUCAUCUUAGUGACAUCAGGAGAAGAUCUAGAUGUGUUUGACCUAAAUAAAUACUCUGCUUCAGAGGAGGCUCUUCUCAGGCUGCUGCCAGUGGUCAGAGCUUCAACCAAAGUUCUACUGAAUAGCUGUAACCUCUCAGAGAGAAGCUGUGAAGUUCUGGCCUCAGUUCUCAGCUCCCAGUCCUCUAAUCUGAGAGAGAUUGACCUGAGUAACAACAAGCUGAAGGAUUCUGGAGUGGAGCUGCUGUCUUCUGGACUGAAGAGUCCAAACUGCAAACUGGAAAGUCUCAGAUUGAGGAACUGCAGUUUGUCGGAGAUUAGCUGUGCUUCUCUGGUCUCAGCUCUAAAGUCCAACCCCUCCCAUCUAACAGAACUGGACCUAAGCAACAACACCACCCUGAAAGAUAGCGGAGUGAAGCAGCUCUGUGGUUUUCUCCAGUCUCCCCUUUGCAAACUACAGACAUUGAGAUUGAGGAGCUGCAAUUUGUCAGAGAUCAGCUGUGCUUCAUUGGACUUAGCUCUGAAGUCCAACCCUUCCCAUCUGACAGAACUGGAUCUGAGCAACAACAAAGACCUGAAAGAUGGUGGAGUGAAGCAGCUCCGUGGCUUUCUCCAGUCUCCCCUCUGCAAACUACAGACAUUGAGAUUGAUUCACUGCAGUUUAUCAGAGAUCAGCUGUGCUUCUCUGGUCUCAGCUCUGAAUUCCAACCCCUCAAACCUGACAGAACUGGACCUGAGCGGCAACUACGACCUGAAAGAUGGUGGAGUGAAGCAGCUCUGUUGUUUUCUCCAGUCUCCCCUCUGCAAACUUCAAAAAUUGAGAUUGGAUAUCUGCAGUUUGUCAGAGAUCAGCUGUGCUUCUCUGGUCUCAGCUCUGAAGUCCAACCCCUCCCAUCUGACAGAACUGGAUCUGGGCGAGAACAUCAACCUGAAAGAUCGUGGAGUGAAGCAGCUCUGCGAUUUUCUCCAGUCCCCUCUCUGCAAACUACAGACUUUGAGAUUGGAUCUCUGCAGUUUGUCAGAGAUCAGCUGUCCUUCUCUGGUCUCAGCUCUGAAGUCCAACCCCUCGCAUCUGAUAGAACUGGACCUGAGCAACAACAAAGACCUGAAAGAUCGAGGAGUGAAGCAGCUCUGUGGUUUUCUCCAGUCUCCCCUCUGCAAACUACAGACAUUGAGGUCAGUUACCAUGUUUUAGUUUAGUGCUGAUAUU